UGUAGAAAUUUGCGAUCUCACCAAUCUUCUCAACUUUCGCUCACGCGUCAUGGAGUACGGAACACAACAAGCCCAGUUCAAACCAUGCCAAGCGAAUUUGCCCGAAGUCGUGGGCACGAUGCAUCAAAGAAGAACAGCCAAUUAUAAGCCUAACAUUUGGAAUUACGAUUUCCUGCAGUCGCUUAGCAGCAAACAUGACCUCAAAGAAGGAAUUAAGGAACGGAUGGAAGGGCUCGUGGAGGAAGUAAAGCGAAUUUUAUCGGAAGAAGUCGAUUCACUUGCCAAGUUAGAGUUAAUUGACAGCAUGACCAAACUGGGGUUGUCCAACCUUUUUGAAAAUGAAAUGAAAGAAGCUCUUGAAACAGUUGCAUCCAUCAACAAUGGUGUUUUCACCAUGGAAGAACAUCUCUAUGCCAGUGCACUUCGGUUUAGACUCCUUAGACAACAUGGCCAUAUCAUUUCGCAAAAUGAAUUAAGGAGCUUCAAAGAAGGAAGCAUCUUAUUCAAUAGAAGCAAUUGCGAAGAUGUUGAAGCUAUGAUAGAGCUUCUUGAGGCUUCACAUCUGGCUUUGGAAGGUGAAAACAUUUUGCAUGAAGCGAAAGCCUUCUCAACUGGUAUUCUUCGCAAGAGAGUCUCCAGUUUGGACGGUCGGCUCUUUAAACGCGCUGUACACGCUUUGGAGCUUCCGAUGCAUUGGAGGGUCCAGUGGUUCGACAUCAAAUGGCAAAUAAGCUUGUACGAGCAAAGGGAGGACAAGCAAAGCAAUCUGCUUGAGCUUGCCAAGCUAAAUUUCAACACGGUCCAAGCCGCACACCAAAGAGAUCUUAGAGAGAUAUCCAGGUGGUGGAGGGAUCUGGGACUUAUGGAGCACGUGGACUUCACGAGGGAUCGGCUGGUCGAGAGUUUCUUGUGUGCCCUUGGACUCUCUCAGGAACCACGGUUCAGCUCGCUCCGCAAAUCUCUCACCAAAGUUGUCAUCUUGAUACUGGUGAUCGACGAUGUGUACGACCUUUAUGGUUCGUUGGAAGAGUUGGAAUGCUUUACCUGCGCCAUUACCAGGUUGUCCACGAUGCCUCCCAAUCUCUUCCUUUCGUCUCUGUUCAGUUUAUUUUCUCUAACUGGAAUAUCUAAUGCUUCUAGGCGGGACUCGGAACAGAUUCAACAACUUCCUGAGUGCAUGAAGGUGUGUUGUCGAGUGCUUAACGAUGUUAUUCACGAGAUCGCUUAUGUUAUUGGCAAAGAUGAAGAUUGGCAUCGAGUGCUACCACAUCUCGCGAAAGCCUGGGCAGAGUUUUGCAAAGCCUUACUUACUGAAGCAAAGUGGGACAAUAUGGGCUACACACCAUCGCUGGAAGAGUACUUGAGCAAUGCGUGGACAUCAUCUUCGGGACCACUGAUCAUGUCUCACGCUAGUUUCUUUGUGGGACAUAUGAAUUGGGAGGAUGUAGCAGAUUUGCUGGAGAGAAACAAGGAUCUGAUUUAUAAUGUGUCCAUGAUAAUUAGACUCUGCAACGACCUUGGAACGUCGAGGGCCGAAAGGGACAGAGGAGAUGCUCCAUCGUCGGUGGUGUGUUACAUGCGAGAAGCGAAUGUUCCGGAAGACAUCGCUAGGAAGCACAUCAAGGAAUUGAUAAACCAGGAAUGGAAAAGCAUCAAUGCUCAUUGCUACAGCAAUGCCGAGACGCCCUUUGUCCGAACCUUCAUUGAUGUCACCGUGAACGCGGCUCGCGUUGCGCAUAUGCUUUACCAGUUCGGAGAUGGGUUUGGCGUCCAGGACGGUGAUAUUAGGCGGCAAAUUUUAUCUGCAGUGAUCCACCCUCUCGCUCUUAACUGAGAUAGCGCAAGUGUAAUCACAAAGCAAGUGCGCAAGCUAGACUAGUUGCUGCCAGUCGAAGGAUUUGAGUACUCCGCGCAAAUUGUAUCCUAUGCUGCAUAUUCAUUUACUUGGGUUUACAAUGGUCAAAUCUCUUA